AUGGCUAAAGAAUUAGAGGAAGAGCAGUGUAGGAUUCUAAGCUCUCCAGAACGUCCGAAAUUAUACUACAAAAGUUUAGGGUCACCAUUUGUACAAGCUAUCCUGGAGAAAUGUCCGAUACUUACUCAAGUAUUUAAACCUACAAUUUUAUGGGGUAAAAGUGGACAUUUCCAGACAAUUGUACAUGUGAAGAUGGGGCGAACAAAACCAAAGUGGCCUGAUGGAAAAAGAUUUCAUAUUCUGAUGGAAGAUGGCGCCACUAUGAGCUAUGACCUCUUUGACCCUCAUCAGGAAGGACAUAGAGCUAAGUUUACCCUAGCCUUGUGUCCUGGCAUUGCUAACAGUAGUGAGUGUAUCUAUCUGCGUACAUUUGCCUCGUACGCUCAAACUCGUGGCUUCAGGGUGGCAAUCUUGAACCAUCUGGGUGCCCUCAAGAGUGAAAAAUUGACAUCACCUAGAGUAUUUACCUAUGGAGGUACAGGGGAAUAUAGUAGAAUGGUUGAUCAUUUAUUGGAGCAGUACCCAGACACAAAAAUUCUAGCAGUGGGGUUCAGCAUGGGAGGAAAUAUUGUCACUAAUUACCUCGGAGAAAUUCUAGAAAACCAGAAGAAAGUCUUGUGUGGAGUGUCAGUGUGCCAGGGUUAUGAAAUCAAUGAAGCUAAAGACUUGUUUAUGCAGUGGGCAAACCUACGACGUCUAUACACCUACUUCAUGACCCUAAAUCAGCGACGUCUUCUAUCACGUCACAGGGAGUUCUUGUUCAGUGAGAAGGCUCAGCAAAAAUGUGGGGCAUUUAAAGAGAAAGAAGUGUUCUGCGCCACCUCUUUAAUUGAUGUUGAUGAAAACUACAGCAGAAUUAGAGCUGGAUUUAAAAGUGCCUUUGAAUAUUAUAAAAGACACAGCUCAGCAUAUGUAAUGAAAAAUAUAAAAGUUCCCAUGUUGUUAAUGAAUGCUGCAGAUGAUCCAUUAGUUCCACCACCUUUAUAUAAACACCCAAAGCAGUUUGUUGAAAAGAAUGAAAAUUGCAUCUUUAUGACAACAAAACAUGGCGGCCAUCUUGGUUAUUUUGAAGGUGGUUUGUUAGUACCAGAAAAUGUAACGUGGUUAGACCGUGUUAUUAUCGAGUAUGCUGAUGCUGUAACCAGUCUGUAUCUCCAAGGCAACCUUCCACAACAGACUGGUUCCCUGGUUUUAAGUCCGGAAACGGCAGAGAACGCAGAAACGACAUUUGAUAGUGGAAUAGCUGAUUUAAGUUGGGAAGGAAGAGCAUUCUCAAGUGAUGAGCCUGCUUCACCAGAAACAGAAGUGAAGGAUUCUGGGAAGAAGGUAGCAGACGACAAGAAGAAAGAGUCAUUGAAACGAGGAAGUUUGCUCAAACAAGCAAGCACGUAUGUGCAAUAAGGAUGUCACUCGGUUUGGAUAUGUAUAAUAUAUUUUUUCCAGUUAAUAUAAGCUAGGCAUUUUGACUAGUUAGAGAAAAAAGUUUCUUAAUGUUUGCUUCUGCCAUAUUAUUGCCACCUUAAGCUUCAGGUUCUUUAAUUAAUGUUGAUUUAAUUGUUAUCUUUCAUUCUUUCAUAUGCAACAUCCACAUUAUAGAACUUACAUGAUAUUAUAUACACUCAUAUUGAUUAGAUUUAUAUAGAAUUUAUUUACACUUGUCUUCUUUUAUUAUAUUAUGAUAUUCUUAUUUCUGGGGUAAAAUAUAUAUUAAAUCGUCAUAUUCACCAUGUUGGGGGAUAAUAAUUCAACAGGUUCAAUUGCUGAUUAUUGAUAGUAAAGUAACACAUAUAAAAUGACUUGAAUGGAACAUUUGUUUCUCAAAGAUCAGGAUGCUACAAAAUGAAUGGGAAAAUCAGUAGUAGCGUCUGCAACAAUAAGUGUUACAGAGUCAAGUUUUCAUCAUCAUCAAGUUACAAGUAUUUUUCAUAGUAAUUCAAAAAAUUUGUGUCUGUAUGUUAAGAUAAGGAGACUUCUUGCAAAAGUCAUGCAAAAAUUUUUUUAGAUUGUUUAUUUGUUUGUUUGUUGUCUUGGCUUUUUUUUUUCUUAAGGUAAAAUAGAGGAGUAAAAAAAAGUUCCAAGAAGUGUGAAUGAGAUGAUAUGUGUUAAAAUGUGUUGAAUUUUUUGGGACCAUAGCUUAAUAUUCUGGAAAUUUUCUUUUACUUUUUGUGUUCAGUUUAAUGGCUUAAAAUUGUUUAUUUUGUUACAAUUUUAUAUUCUUUGUUUCAAAGGUUUUGUUUUGUGUUUGAAGGGACUAUCUUAAGACAUGACAUGUUAUUUUGCUCUCCUUGUUUAUGUUUUUGUCUCAUUUUCUAUUUUUUCUUUUCAGUGAUUUUUCAUUUUGUUUAUAUAUUAGCUGUGUACCCCAUUAUGGAUCAAAUGAAGUUGGUCCUUUCUUAAAAAAACAAACUGCCAGUUUUUUUAAUGACACUAUAUAUUUAUAGUGUGGACCUAUAGUGUGUGGAGUUUAAAACACAACACAUCUACUGUGUGUAAAGUCAAAACGUGUUACUUUUAUAUUUACAUAGAGACUGCAGCAAAUAUAAAUAUUUUAUAUUCCAUGACUCUUGAGUAGUGUCUAAGAUCAUAGACUAGUCAUUAGUGUAAUCAUUUAUUGAAAAGUUACUUCUGUUUGAUGUUUUUAAUGACAGUAUAGUUUUUGAUAAGUAAUUAACCAUUAUUUUAUCGUACAGUUUGCUGAACCAUUUUCUCAUUCUUAAUGUUCUUUGUUUUGCUGUUGUUGUUUUUAUCAUCGUAGCAAUGCACACAUGUGUCUGCAUAAAAUUCAAAGUAAACGCAAAUGUAGUAAUAAUAAUUUAUAGCUCUUGCCAAGAAAAACUGUAACAGGAGCACUCUGUUUUUGCUUUAAUAAGGGCAUUUUAUACAAAUUACCUCUUAACAGGACUUUCGGUUCAGUGGGUAAUGUACUAUAUUUUUGAACAGCUUUAUAUGACUUGAUUUUCUUGUUCCUCUUCUGGCCUCUUUAGAUUAAUAUUUCUUUUCCUCUUCUUGCCUCUUUGGGUUCAUAUAAUAAAUUGUAAAUGUCUCUUAUUUGAGAAAUGGAUGCUGCUGGCUUUAUAUAGGACUUAAUGUUCUACUCGGGUAUAUCCUGUGGCUGAUUGUGUUGGUCAGUCUUUAGAGUGAAACGUGGAAGGUCUGUAAACUGACCAACUCUGUGUUGAUGUGGUGCUUCCUUAAUCUAACUAAAAACAAGAAUUUAUUGUGUAAUGAAAGUAUGUUUCAGCUGUGAUCAUUAAUUGCUUGAAUUUAUAAGUUGUGUUUGAUAAUGAUAUACAUGUACCGUAAAUGACUGAAUAAUGGCAUAGUGAUGGAAUUUAUGUUUGCGUUUGUAAGCCACUGUUUUUCUACUGGAAUUGAUUAUAUUAUUAUUUAAUGGGCACAAAGGUUAAUUGUUCCAUUUGCUGAUUAUAUACUACCUUAACUGAUAGGUGUCUUGCAUUUUGUGAUAUAAGUAGAGUUAUGAUAAUGUUUGUAUACAUACUUUAUAAGAGGGCCAGGCAUAACAUGGGGUAAAAAAAUGAAAUAAGUUGUUUUUUGAUUGAAAAAGUUCUGUGUUCAA